AAUCAUAGUUAACAUUUAGUUGAUUACAUAAAUCAAUUGAAUUUUCAUAUGAAUAUUUCGAUUAGACCAUACAUCAAAUGUUAAAGAACAGGUUUUAAAGAAUUUCCGUCAUUUUCGGAAAUUUUCAAUUUUACGAUCGAAAUUAUAGAAAAACGUGAAUAAUUAGUUGUUAAAAAUGUUAACUCGAACACUAGCUUCUAGAGCCCUGUUACUGCGAGCUGUAAAUAGAGCUGCAGAAAACAUACAACAGACUAAAAGAAAUGCGGGCCAUGGUGUUUGGUCUUAUAGAGUACCUCCACCUCCUGCAUCCAAGAAAGUAACAACACUAGCAAAUGUACUUGGCGGUUUGGUAUGGUGGUGGAUUCUUUACCAUAUAGCUACAGAGCCAGAGCAUAUAUUCGGAGACUGGCCUUACAUUGAUCCUAGCACAUGGACUGAUGAAGAAUUGGGAAUUCCUCCAGACUCGUACGGCCCACUAAAAAAGUGAAAAUGUAACCAUAUUGAAGUGUGUAGAUUUUAGUGAAUUUGAGAAUAAAUUAUUCAACUCAUUUGUC